GUCGUGAGUUAUUCCUGAUUUUCCAGUCGUCGGCUUCUGGAACAUCGAAGUCAAUGCAUGCAGUUCACUCUGAACUAAAUUGCAAACGUUCGUGAUCAGCUUGAUGGCGAACAGCGUUCAGUCAGUGUUCGCCGAACACUGACUGAAACGACUUCUCACUCAUAUACGUUCAUGCCUUUAGCUCUCCUCGAGGUCUGAUGACGCUUCUACCUAUGUAACUGCGGGGCUGUACAUCCGCCUGCAAGAACUAGUAUUUCAGGUACAGCAUCGUUUGUACUGAUGUGAUCUCUUCUCACAUAGACGAACCGUCUUACGUUGGGUCUACAAAAAUAUUCUUCACGUCAGAGAAAUGCCCCUACUAACUGAUACACGCGGAUUGAACAUCUACAUGAUAUACCUUUGCGACUAGAUCCUCCUCUGAGCCUACUUUUCACUUCUUACGCCUCGAAACAAACUCAAACUUCAGCCCCCAACUCCUCACCGUAAAGAAUAACUGCAAGCUCCAACUAUGAACGGCGAGAGCUCGGCAGGUGGUCUCGACUACUUUCUAUAAGGGCCUUCAAAGGAUCCGGUGUAAUAGUACGAACGUCUAUCACACCGCCCCGGCGCUCCUUUUGACUUCGAAGUCGAUACUAGGCUGCGCGUAAGGCUUGAUAGGCGUCCUAGCCCCUCAUAUAUAUAUAUAUAUAUAUAUAUAUCGCUAUUGAUUUUUGCCAGUAUCGCAGCAGUUUCUUGCAUAAAAGAAGUAUGGGGCGAGUCUUUGCGUUACUAGUCGGAAUCACCCAAAUGAAGGAUGGGGAGACGUGGGACUCCGUCGAAGGCGCGGGAAAAGAUCUAGAGAAUAUGAACAAUUACUUGGAACAGGAGCUUCACGUCCCUCCUAAACAUAUCUGCAUUUUACGAGGCAGCGACGCCACUAGGGACGGCAUUAUUGACGUAUUCCGGUCUCAUCUCAUCGAUAACGAGUCUAUUCGGAAGGGAGACGCUAUUAUCUUCUACUACUCUGGCCAUGGUGACACGACUCAGGCUCCAGAAGGGUGGAAUAUCAUCGCUGAUGACCAGCUAAUAGAGUCCCUCGCUCCUUAUGACUAUGGCACGCCUGGCGCUGACACUAAACUACUCGGUGGCAUUCCCGAUCGUACCAUCGCUGCUCUGUUGGAGCAGGUUGCGAACAAGCAUGGCGAUAACAUCACUGUCAUUUUGGAUUGCUGUCAUAGUGGACAUGGAACCCGUGGUGGCUCAGAGAAGGUGCCACUCUAUCAGGUUCGGGGGAUAGAUCCUACGAAGGCUAUUCGUCUUCAUGAAGAUGUCGAUCGCGAAAUUUGGUCAUCCGUAUCGGCUUCGGCAGCGCAGAAAUUUUGGAGAGGGGCCUUUGCCAAGCGUCGAGAUAAAUCCCACGUACUCCUCGCGGCAUGUGGACCAAGGGAGGAUGCCGUAGGCAAUGCAGAAGGUGGAAUAUUCACGAGGUCCCUAAUUGCUACACUGUGUCGACAAGACAUUCGUCCAAGAUCAUACGCCGAAGUGAUGAAGCAUGUGACCGAGGCACUCCAGAACACUCAUAGUUGGUCGAAGCAGCGUCCUCAGUGUGAAGGAGUUACACGCGAUCGUCUUAUUUUCCAGGAGGUCCAAAUCAAACAGGACAUGUUCGAAGCCAAAUGGCAAGCGAAUGUCAAAAACUUCCGCAUAGAGGGACCAUGCGGCGUCUUGGGCGUACUUCCUGAAACACAGAUCGAGCUGUACAGCCUCAAUCCACAGUACGAAAUUGAGCGGAUCGUGGGUACAGCGACCGUGACAGAGGUUGAAAGUGAUCAUUGUUUGGCCAAAGUGGCAGAAGACAUUGAUGUCGAAGGCAGACAUAUCACUGCCCGUAUUCUCCACCAUCCCUACAAGUUACGCUUCGCCCUUACCUCAGACGUCGUUGAAUUGUCUGAAGCAGGGCAAGAGUUAUUCGAGCUUCUCGAUGGUAGUUUCGCUCAGCUUCCUCGGACGCUGGAGCGUGUCAGCACUGAUGCUGACCCUGAUCUGAUCCUGAAGAUCUAUCACGAUCCCAUUACAGGUGCUGGCCUGAGUCUGCAUCGCAAGGACCUUCACCUCCGCAAUCUUGCUACUCCUCCUCCCCUUCUGAGCAUGGAAGAGCUGAAAACCACCAAUAUAAUCGGGAUCCUGAAUCGUAUUGCCCAUUUCAAUUUCUACCUGGAUCAGACAAAUGAGUUGCAUCCUUAUGCGGGUGAUGUUCAGAUGGAGUUCUGGCUCCUGGGUGUAGGCAGAGGUACUCCUCGACCAUUGAAGAAGGAAGAAAUAUUCAAGAACGACGAGGCAACGAUUGUGGGCUCCAACGACAACGGGUAUGCCUUCGUACUGCGCAACACUGGAAAAAUGCCUCUCUAUCCACACAUCAUCUAUUUUGAUACCUGCACUUACGAAAUUAGUGUUUGGUGGUCUUCAGCAGACGCAACACCUCCAUUGAAGCCACGGGGAAAACUUCAAAUUGGUGCUAGUGCCGAACAUCGUUUGCCCUUUGAAUUCUUCGUUCCUGCAGGACAGACUAUCGACACUAGCAUGUUGAAAGUGUUCCUCAUGCAAUCUCCAAUGAAGUUAGACUUCAUGAAGCAGGGUCCUCAACUUGGUCCUGAUCGCGUCAUGCACGCACUGAGAGCUAGUACAGACCGUGACAAGGAGACCAUAGCGACGCCGCCGGUCCGGGGUGGCUGGGACAGCAUCACAUAUAAGAUCACUGUUCGCAACGGCAAUGGUAAAGAGUGAAAAGCGAAUUCGAUUAUGGUUUGCAAUACGUAGUUACAGUCGUGAGAGUCCAUUCUCAUCCUGCCAUUCGUUCUAGUUUGGUAUUUGAUUACAGUCGAUGUAGAUUACUUUCGAAGGUUAUGGCGUUGUCACUCGAUAUGCCCUAAUUACUAAACAUUCGGAGAUUGACAGAGAGGAUGAAAGCCAUGAACAUACAGCGUCCUAUUCAAGUAAGUCCUCAGGUGACUGUGAUAUAUGUGACAAUUCUUUCCAAUCCGGUAGAUCAAACAUUCCUGGCAUCACAUGCCAUAUUUUAUCUCUACCUUCAACCAUCUCUUCCCCAGCUUUUGUCCUGCAUAUUGCACAACGGGCAUUGCGAAUGAGACGCAAGCCACGUUGCUCAGGCAGUCGUUCGAAAGGGUCAAUCCAUCCUUCAGCUUGUUCUGCAGUCUCUGCCCAAAGACCGUUGAGAGAUCGGCAGUCGUAUGACGCUUGACAUCCAAGCACUUCUUUGUUGAGAAAGGCAAAAGAAUAUAUAUGUUUGCGCGCG